UAUGAAUUUGACAUUUAUUGGACUAUUAUCGUUGCAAAUCGGCAACUGUCCGGUUCUGAUUUGCCCGGACAAUCGACGUUCUCCUGUAUACAGUUUAAUAAAAAAAAAACAACUAAUAGACCGUACAACUCACUAAGAUUAAAGUAGCAUGAAUGAUGUACAGAUUACAACGGACAUUUCUUGUUUUAUUUAAUCAAUUUCAACAUUUUUCCAAAGAUGGAUAUUAACCAUGUAUAUCCACACACACACAUGAUGCAUGAUCAUAUAGCAAAGCAAUUAUAUAGUUUAGUUUAGUUUCAAAGUUUCAAUCAUAUAUAUGUUAAAAAUUAAAUUGUUAUUUUAAAAGAAAUUUGGACCCUAUAUGGUCUUUCAGGUGAAUCGUAAAUGUAGAACAUAUAUAUGGUCUUUUGUUGUUAGGAUUUUAGUUUUGUUAAGUGAAAAUCGAGCCUAAAUAUUAUUAAUUAUGUACCAAGCGACGGAAUUUUAUUCAACACAUAAUUAUCAUUUGUUACUAUAAUAAUCGUUAUUUGGUUACUCUAUAGUCAUAUUACUCAUUCAUGAUCGUGGAAAACAUAUAAAUAUAAACAUAUAAAGUUUGAGGUAGCAAAUAUCUUUAUAUUUCAAAACUGUGUUUCAGUAUACGUUAAGUUUGUUUUCUUCUCUGCUACCUAUAGUCACUGCUUUGCUUGUGUAAUAUUGCAUGUAAUUUUUGUUAUUAUCUUUGAUUAGAAGAGCAAUCAUAAAGCUUAUCUCACGGCUCGUGUCACUACUAUAUUGCAUAACUCUUUGCUUUUCAUACUAACUGCAUGUAAUCAGUACGUCAGCGUUGAGUUGAAGACCUACGUACGACGUUAUCAGCAGUCAGUUCCCUUCAUAUUUAAUACACCUCUUAUUGCAUAUUAUAUAUAUAUUGUCAAAUUAUUAAAUUAAUAAACAGGUGGUCCCCGAGAUGCACGAUAUCUCUUAUACGCGGAUUUGGAGAUUCGCGGUUUGCUAAUUUUGGGGCCCUUUCCGUUUUAAGUUCGUAGGCUGAAAUUUCAGAAUGUCAGCAGAAUGUUUGGAUUGUAUAGCAGUUUUCGAGCAGCUAUCUAAGGCGGUAUGAAAAACGAGCGAGACAUGGAACGCUCUAAAAACAAAAAUAAUAAACUGUGCAAGAAAUAUACUCCCACCACGUCGUGGCAACACCAAAUCUGGCUGGUUCGACGAUGAAUGCAGACAAGUGACCGAACGUAAGAAUACUGUAUACCGAGCAAUCAAGCAACGGCAUAGAACGCGGGCAUGCGCAGAGGAAUACACGGCUCACCGCUCCAAUAAGCAUGCUUUGGAAGAGCAAAACAUGCGGGAACUCGAGCAAACCAGAGAGGUGUAUGGACCGCCACGAAAGUUUUACCAAGCGAUAGCAGGUCACCGAAACAACGUUGUACCUAAGGUAACCUGCUGUCGCAACAAGGAUGGAGAUCUGGUUAGUAACCAGCCAGAGGUCCUCUCGCGGUGGGCUCAGUACUUUGAUGAAUUACUGAAUGACCAGUUUAGCGAACAGCUAGAGGCGCCACUAGCAGAUAGUGUCAUGCUACUGCCACCUAGCAUAAAAGAAACACGAAAGGCUAUCGUCGGCUGAAAAAUAACAAGGCACCCGGAACCGACGGAAUUGCAGCUGAACUGGUCAAGAAUGGAGGUGCACGACUAGUAAACGAGAUUCAUCAAAUCGUUACUGAGGUGUGGGAUAGCGAAUCGCUGCCCUGUGAUUGGAAUCUCGGCAUCAUCUACCCCAUGUACAAGAAGGGAGACAGGUUGGACUGCAACAACUACAGGGGUGUUGAAUACCGUCUAUAUUUCUAUUCUCCCUGAUCCAUCACGAUCGCCUUGUCCCACACGACGAAGAAAUAGUCGGAAACUAUCAAAGAGGAUUCCGAAACGGAAAAUCAACCACUGAUCAGAUCACUAUGCGGCAGAUCUUGGAGAAGAUGGCUGAAUACAAAAACGACACAUACCAUCUCUUCAUUGACUUCAAAGCCGCAUAUGAUAGCAUAGCCAGGGUAAAACUGUAUGACGCUAUGAGCUCUUUUGGAAUCCCGGCCAAACUGAUAAGGCUAGUUAGAAUGACUAUGACCAACGUCACUUGCCAGGUGAGGGUGGAUGGAAAACUCUCAGGACCUUUUGCUACCACUGCGCCAGGGGGACGGGCUUGCUUGUCUCCUAUUCAACCUGGCGCUAGAGAGGGCCAUUCGUGACUCGAGGGUGGAGACUACGGGAACCAUCUUCUAUAAGUCAACCCAGAUCCUGGCAUACGCUGAUGAUAUAGACAUCAUUGGUCUGCGGCUCUCCUAUGAAGCAGAAGCCUACCAAGGGAUCGAGCAGGCGGCAGAGAACCUCGGAUUGCAGAUAAACGAGGCAAAGACCAAACUAAUGGUGGCAACAUCAGCGGGCCUACCAAUAAAUAAUCAGAAUCUACGUAGGCGUGACGUGCAGAUAGGUGAACGCACUUUUGAAGUCGUCCCAGAAUUCACCUAUCUUGGGUCAAAGGUCAGCAACGACAAUAGCAUGGAAGCUGAGUUGCGCGCAAGGAUGCUGGCUGCCAACCGGUUUUUCUACAGCCUGAAAAAGCAGUUCUCCUUAAAGAACCUGUCGCGACAGACGAAGCUGGGACUAUAUAGUACCUAUAUAGUUCCGGUACUCACAUACGCCUCUGAGACAUGGACACUGUCCAAAUCUGAUGAAACCCUCUUAGCCGCGUUCGAGAGGAAGAUGCUCAGAAGGAUACUUGGCCCCGUAUGUGUGGAAGGACAAUGGAGGAGCCGCUAUAAUUACGAGCUAUACGAGAUGUACGGCGACCUCACUGUCGUAGAGCGUAUCAAUCUCGCCAGGCUCCGGUGGGAUGGCCAUGUUGUACGAAUGGAAACGGACGACCCAGCCCGUAAAGUCGUUUUAGGCUGUCCACGAGGACAGAGGAGGCGUGGUAGGCCCAAAUUGAGGUGGCAAGAUGGCGUGGAGGCGUCCGGCAUUAAGGCCGGGAUAACGGACUGGUAGACGAAGGAGCGAGACCGUGAGCGGUUUCGGACACUCCUGAGGCAGGCCAAGACCGCAAAGCGGUUGUAGCGCCGGAUAAGUAAGUAAUUUGGAAUAGCCAGAUUUGGACAGUGUUUACACUGUUUCUAGCCGAAUUUUUCGGUACUGCGAUGUUGCUUUUUGGUGGUUGCAUGGCUAGCAUAGACGGUUUUGACAACGUCACGUCAAACAUUAGUCGUGGAAUUACCUUUGGAAUGGUUGUUAUGAUGGCGUUUAUAACAUUUAGCGCCUCUUCAGGUGCAAUUAUUAAUCCGGUUGUGUCACUAGCAGCUUACAUCUUUGGUACAUUAUCGUUACAGUUAACGAUUUUAUAUAUUGUGGCUCAAUUCGCCGGGGCACUGUGUGGUUACGGACUAUUAAGAGCAGUCACACCAUGGCAAUAUUACCAACAAGCGCUGGAACACGGAAACGCCCACUGCGUCACAGUCCCUCAUCAAAGCCUAUCUUCUGGAAUGGCCCUUGCAGUGGAGAUAUUACUAACAGGCAUGUUAGUGUGGACGAAUUGUGGCGUCUGGGACCCGCGCAAUAAGAAGGACAGUGAUUCAGUUCCAGUUAAAUUUGCUUUUCUCAUUGCGGGGCUUUCAAUUGCCGGCGGGCCUAUUACCGGUGCCAGUAUGAAUCCCGCUCGGUCCUUGGCACCUGCAAUAUGGAAUCAUUACUACGAGGGACUUUGGAUUUAUUUUGCUGGACCUACGAUUGGUUCCAUAUUAAUGGUUACAAUAUAUCGGUAUAUUUUUCUUCAAAAAUGUAGUGAUACUUCGGAAAUGAUGUCCCCAUGCAAUUGCCAUCAUGAUACGGGGAAACAAGAUCCUCAUUCUUCUAAAAUUGUACCAUAAAGUCGGUCGUUACGAAUACCAUGUAGCCCCUAUUAAAGUGUCUGCUUUUGAAGAUAGCAUCAUUACGUCGGUGUAAGCUGUAAUAAAGGCAAACCUCUUUCAGGGUAAACAAAAGAUUAGGUAAACAAACCUAGCAGCAUUCAAAACUGACACGAUGUGCUAUCAGUAUAGGUAAAUUAAGCAUCGAAAAUUACCCCCGUUUGUCAGCAAAUUCUUUGAUUGGCCUUGUUAUCGGUAAAGAUAAGUUGAUUGUUCAGUACGCCUAGUCUGUGCAAUGUCAUAGUAGGCCAGUUAGCAUUCUGCGUCUUUCCGACUCGGUUAUUCCAUUUGUGAUGUAUAUAACGUUUCCACUCUCAUACCGAUUAACGCCAAAGUACCCUUAUGAAGCACUGCAUCCAAUAAAAAAACCAGAUCGAAAGUGAA